AUGACCCUCCAGUAUGACAAUGCCACCAGCCAUACUGCUCGUUCAGUGCGUGAUUACCUGCAAUGGCCAGCGAAGUGUUCUGCCAUGACCAGCGAAGAGUCUGGGCACGUCAAUCCCACUGAGCACGUCUGGGACCUGUUGGAUCGGAGGGCUCAGACAACCUGCAAGGGAUCCAUUUCUGAGGUGUGGGUGGCUCAGCACUGCCGUACCCUGAGACUUGUAGCUGUCAAGUGUAUCGGCAAGAGGGUGCUAAAGGGAAAAGAGGGCAUGUUGGAGAAUGAGAUUGCAGCGCUCCGCAGAAUCAACCAUCCCAACAUGGUGGCAAUGGAGGAGACCUUUCAGACAUCGUCAAAACUGUCUCUUGUUAUGACUCAUGUUACUGGAGGCAAGUUUCUGGAGAGGGGGAGCUACACGAGAGAUGCCAGCCGUGUCCUACUGCAGGUUCUGGAAGCAGUCCAAUAACUCCACCAGCUGGGUAUCGUGCACAGGGACCAGAAUCCUGAGAACUUACUAUAUCAGACUUUGUCUAUAGAUUCCAAUGACUUUGGGCUGUCCAAGUUGGAAGAGCAUGUGCUCACCACAGCAUGUGGACCCCCUGCUUACGUGGCCCCAUAGCUUCUGCAGCAGAAAUAUUAUGACAAAGUGGUGGACCUAUGGGCUCUGGGAGUGAUCAUCUACAGUCAGAAACUCUGUGGCUACCCUCUGUUUUAUGACCACAAUGACUCACAUAUAUACGUGUUGAUCAUAAAAGCUGAAUAUGAGUUUGACUCUAACUCAGCAAUAGAUUUCAUUCCACGCAUGUUGCAGAAAGAACCAGAGAUGAGGUACAAUUGUGAGCCGUCCUUGAAGCAACCUUGGAUAUCGGGAGGAGCCGCUCUGGAGAAUAACAUACAUGGGUCCAUCAGUGAGCAGAUUCAGAAGAACUUUGCUAAGAGCAAGUGGAAGAGGGCAUUCAAGCUCAGUAAGAAGAAUGUAGCAGUAGAGGAGGAGGCUAAGAUACAGACCAAGGCCAUACUGCAAGCAGAUGCUCUUAUCCAGAGCGACCUACAGGAGUGA